UACGCGCUGCGUUCAGUGAGGGAGGAGGUAUAUGUCUUUCCGCUCGAGUGUAUUAGUGAGAGACGCCCACCUAAAGGGACCCCUUAUAGUUACUGGGGUCCUGCAGUGUCGAAAAUAAAAAAAUACUUUUGUUUUGAGCAGUGGAAACUAUAUGGUGGAGAGUGUGGCCCUUGGAUACAGCGAUAAUAUGUAACAGAAUUGGUGAUAUGACCAUUGAUCUUGACCAUGCUGAAGCACGUGACCUAUCGCUCCACCUCGUCCUUGGGUCGAGCGUCAACUGACCUGACCUGCCGAGGCUCGAGCAUGACCUCAGACACCAUGAGCCUCAAGGGUGACCUGCCAUCCUCACCCGAGCUCUCUCUCAUGGGCGGUAACUGCCUGCUCUCCUCGGAUACCAUAUCCUUGAAGGAUGCCCCCGUGUCGGACACCCUCUCUCUCAAGGGGGGCUUGGGUCUCAAGAACUACGCCUCAGACACCAUCAGCCUCCACUCCGCCUUGAGUUUCUCGUCCUUGGCGACCAGUAGACUGUCGUCAAGGUGCUCCUCGACUGCCUCUCUCAACGAUCAACAUACGACGCCUGUGAAGGUGUACCUUCGAUCUCUACGCCCCGACAUCGAGUACAAGACGAUGAGCCUGUCGUCCUCGACCACCUGCCGCCAGAUGAUUCUGAUGAUCUUGGCCAAGUUCCGCUUGCGGCACCGCGACCCCAACUUGUUCUUCGUGACGAUGGAGGUGGUGGUUCGAGCCCCGGGCGGAGGCGCCCCAGCGCGGCGCCUGCUGGUGCUGGAGGACCACGCCUGUCCCGCAGAGUUGCAGCAGUGUCGCCCUCGAGGCGAGGCGCGCUUCAGCGUCGGCGUCCGUCGAGGAGGACUUCUGCGGGUCUACGACUCCAUCCUCAUGCCUGGGUCGCAGUACAAGUCCCUGCUGGUGUCGUACCGGACCACAGCCGAGGAGCUGGUCCAGCUGCUGCUCAACUGCUACAACAACAAGGAGAACCACAACCACUACAUCGUGCACGAGGUCAACAACAGCCCCUACAGUGACCGUCCACUCCGGCCCGAGGAAUGUCCCUUGUUGGUCCAGAGCGAGUGGCCCAGGGCGGCCCGGGCCAACAUGGCCUUCGUCCUCCGUCGCAAUGUGGCCUACGCCCUCAGUCUUAAGUCUAGGCUGUCUUGGAGACGCAGUCUGGAUCAGGCGAGUACGGACACAGAGUCUGAGUACGAGGACCACAACACUACCAUCGGCAGCCUCAUCUCAGCCUCCAGUGUCUCCUCUGCGCUCAGCAUUUCCUCUCACAGCAGCUUGUACUCGACAGGCAGCGUGUCGUCGAGAGGGAGCUUGUCCUCCAAUGUCAGUGUGUCCUCGAGAGGGAGCUUGUCCUCCAACGCAAGCGUGUCCUCUGAUGCCUCGUCUUCAUCCGGCGUGUCGUCCUCGACCUCUCCUGUAGGGUCACCUGCGCCUUCACCUGCAAAGAGUGCUCCUCGACUCUGUAUUGCAGAACCUUUGGAGGCUAAAGUCACUUCAAAACCUCCCAUCUGUUCGGUCAUCACAGCUAAGUCUCCAGUAUCAUCAGGCACAGCAUCUUGCCCCUCGAGAACCUCGAUCUCCCCUCCAACGCCUGUCCCGAGGACGAUACUGAACACGUCAGUGUCAGAACUGAAGAGCAGAUCUCUACCAGCAAAUUCUGCUGACUCCGAGGUCAAGACAACGACGUCUCAGUGUCGCUCUACAACUGAUGUUAUUGUCUGUUCUUCCUCAAUGUCUGUGCCUUCUUCCUCCUCCUCCUCUGUGCCCACACUCUCCUCUUCUGUGCCCACACUCUCCUCUUCUGUGCCCACACUCUCCUCCUCCACACCUACUCUAUGUUCCCCCACGAGUAUCUCUUCCUCUCUCUCCUUUACGUCCACACUUACACUACUCUCCUCAGCAUUCUCUCCCUUUUCCAUAUCCACCUCAUCUUGCUCUACCCUCUCCUCUCCCACUGUGUCUUCCUCCCCCUCCAUGCCUUCAGUCCCCUCUAUAUCUACCUCCUCCUCCUCCCCUACCAGCUCCCCCCCUUCCUCCACAUUACCCCCUUCCACCACCCCCACCUCCACACUGGGUGGAGCACCAGUGGAGGGAGACAGAGUAUCUCCUGUGCCACCACCUCCUCCACUGCCUGCAAGACGAAUGUCCUGCUGCAGGAACUUUGACAACUGCUUCUACAUCUGAGCGGCGUCAACCGCAGCUGAUGCUGGAUACCAAAGAUUAGGUCAUAAUUGGGGAGUUAGCAGUGUUGCUCAUAUCUAACCCCGAGGAGAGGAGGAGUCGGUGCAAUGAAGGUCAGAUUGUGUGAACAUAAACUGAGAACUGCCGUGAACAAUUCUGAACAAUCACAGUGCCUAGAUGAUGAAGCAGAGUGAAAUGUUGCAGGAGCGGUGCCUUUAAAUGCAAAAAAAAAAAUUAAUUUAAACGCCGUAUGAAUCAUAGGUGUUCGACUCUUUUUUAAAAGACGCCGCCUGCCUGCCUACCUGCAAGAAACAGGCAGGCAGGAGGUCACAGGGGUCACACAACAGUCAACCACCGCUGCUGCUGCUGUUUCCACCUGCAACAAUACACGACCCUGAACUUGGUGGGAGAAAAGCAACAGUGGAGUGGAACCCCCCUCUCUUCCUCGUUGUUCUUUGCCAGUGGGCGUUCCCUUCCACUGGCAGAGUCUGUCUGCAAGUCAAGGGGAAGCUGCCACGCCCCCACCUUCUCAAGGAGGUCAGGCACGGGUCACACAAGGUGCUUGCCCUACGAGCGAGGGGAAUCUCGUAUUUCGAGAUACUGCACAUUUGUUCGUAGAUUAACACAGUUCCAUAGUUUAUAAGAUGUGGGACAUCUUACAUGUUUAGGAAACUAUGCACAACGGUGCUGGAGGAUUGUGGGAGAGAUGAGUGUUAAUUAGGCACUCAGACCAUGAUUCUAGUUGUCGUUUCUCGGCUCUAUAUUUCUCGCAGUGCCACGGUGCCAUGUCGGCCUUCCGUCUCUCCUACAGUUUCCUCUAUUAUCCUUCCAUUUCUCCCCCCAUUCUAUCCCUUUCCACUUCUCUACGUCCACUUUUCCUCUCCUCCUUCUCAUCUGUGAUUAUCAUGUGUGAUAAUGGCUGCUCCCCCAUAGCCCUAUGGCUGCUCCAUAGGGCUAUGGGGGAGCAGCCAUAGCCCUAUGGCUGCUCCCCCAUAGCCCUUCUCAUGCUGUAUCUUCCACUUAUCUGGGUCCCCAUCGUCCCCAUUCCUCCUCCCCAGCCUUCCCCCACUUACCAACAGUUGACAGUCGAGAGGCGGGACCAAAGAGCCAAAGCUCAACCCCCACGCAAGCACAACUAGGUGAGUAUAGCUUUCCACACCCCCAUCCUUUAAUUCUGCCGCCCUCCCCCUCUCCCCCCCCCUCCCCCCACCUCGCCACCACUUCUCUAAUGGGCAAGGGAACCCUACCAUCACCGCAGGGCUCACCCACAAUAGGGUUGGGUCGCUGGGGGUGUGGGUUGGAGGUGGUGGAAGGAAGGAGGAGGGGGGAAGGGAUAGGAUAGAGGGGGGAGGGGGGAUUAUGAGGGAGUGGGGGGGGGGAACUGUUACAAUAGACUAAUUUAAACAAUUGAUUGUUUAGGAGACUUGAGUGCUCCUUAUGACCACGGGAGUCUCUGUCUCUGUCUCUCUCUCUCUCUCUCUCUCUCUCUCUCUCUCUCUCUCUCUCUCUCUCUCUCUCUCUCUCUCUCUCUCUCUCUCUCUCUCUCUCUCUCUCUCUCUCUCUCUCUCCCCAGACCCUGAGCCCAUGCCCAACAGUGCACGCUAGCACACCAAAUGACUUCGCGAGACCUGCUAGUUGAAUAGCCUAGUAUACUAGUGCUUCUGGUUUUUUUAAUAUGAUAGUCAACUUCUAAGUCAUAAUAGAUAAAUGUUCAGGAUAAACACACAAAUGUUACUUUAGUACAAAAAUGGCUUUUGUCUUAUUUCUGCUAAAUUAGAAGCAAACAUAAGAACGUUUCUGACGUCUGCUAAAAAAAGGAAUAAUUUCUUAUGCCUGCUAAAAGGAGAAUGCGAAUGUGGUCUCUCAUUCCCUCUUGGACAUACAUACCCCCUCACAUCCACCUAUCAUCCAUUUCCAAUCAAUCCACUUAUCCUUCUCCAAGCAUCAUCCACCAAAGACUGACACUAGACACUCUGAUACUGGAUGAAAGACCACAUUCCAUCUUAGCACCAAGUUAUCAUUCUCUAUGUGUGUGUGUGUGUGUGUGUCUGAGGCCAUGUGAACACUGUCAAUCAUCCUGUUGGGAGGUUGAAUGAUUGCCAAUCUUCCUCUCUUGAGGGAUUAUCAAUCAUUCUAUCCCGAGGGUGAGUUAGUUAUUUAAGGGUUAUUUAAGGCCGUAACCUGAGUUGACUGGCCAAUCAGCAAGUAUACUUUAGCCCUGAAUAUUGUCCAAGACCAAAGUAAACUUAGUAUACACCGAGGUGAAUGGUGUACCUCUCCUGUAUAAACUUUGAUGGUAGACAAGACUGUCACAUGAUCAUAUUCCUGGUUGCUUAUGCACAGUGCCUUAAAAACAUAUAUAUAUAUAUAUAUAUAUAUAUAUAUAUAUAUAUAUAUAUAUAUCGGCAUUUGUUCUAAUUUUUAGAUCUUUACAGAAACAUCAACUCGAUAAAUUUUUGUUUUACUGAUAAAAAUUAAGUUUUUUAAUUCGCAUAAAAAUCAUUGGCCCGUGUUUUCAUAAAUUUAUUAUAGAUGCAUUAAAUUACGUGUACAUUUAAAAUGUAAUUUCUUGAUGUCCAGAAACUUUGGUUUUAAUGUCAUUAAUAUUUUAUGUCUCGCAAUCAAGGUGUGUCUGAAGUUUCAAUUAGCAGCUACAAUUGCAAUAUUUGAUACUUUUAUUGAUAUAUAAAAGUCGUGGUGAAGCAUUAUCAAACAUGGCAUUGUUGAGCCUUAUUGUUUGUUUGUUUGUUUGUGUUCUGUUUCUUGUUAUUGUUAUUAAUAUGAUCUUGGGAGAUGCAUGGUACCAACCUACACAGGACUGUGGAUCCUGCAGCAAUGUGUUGUUUUGAUUUGCCAAAUUGUAAAAAAAAAAAGGCAGGGGGUUCUAAAAUACAGGUACCCAAGCCUACCUACCUAACCCAACCAACGUACGAUGUAUAGAAAACGUGGAUAUUUGUGACCAAAACGUACAAAUUUAGAUGUAUUACCUCGAGAGGCCGGCCCGGAUAGGAGACACAUCUGUUAAACAGUAUUAAUUAUUUUCCACAAUAGCGUAUUGUAGCUGAGAAUACAUUAAGUCCUGAGAUUGAACUGGCGUCCCCUGGAUUGCCUACUAACGCGAGUUCAAUCCCAAUACAGUGACUCCCUGGCGUAUAGUGAGAUCACAGAGCCUGUUUUAUAGUGACACAGUGCUUUGAGUACAUAUAUAUAUAUAUAUAUAUAUAUAUAUAUAUAUAUAUAUAUAUAUACAAACACUCAUAGAUUUCACUGAGUACUUGAGACACCACUCACAGAUUUCACUGAGUACUUGAGACACCACUCACAGAUUUCAUUGAGUACUUGAGACGCACUCAAUCUUCCAAUGAAGUUAUUAUUGUAGACAAGCCACCUUUGUUUAGAGUGAAGACAAUAAGUGGGUUAUAAUUGGGGAUAAUUUGUUGAAUAAUAGUUACUCAUGUGUUGUAGUCAAUGUGUAGAAAGCAUGAUAAUAUUUGAUAAAAUCUCCAUCAAAACAGUUUAAUUAAUAUAUUUACAUAGCUAAUGUGUGUUCUGGUUAAUGGUAACGAAUGUUCCUGUCUAGGAAAGGGAGGUGUUCAUCCCCCCCCCCCAGUGUUCAUAAAUGAACUUUCACAACUCUUCGUGAACACAACCUUGUAUCCAGCCUUUGUUCACUAGUAUUAAUGGCAUCUAUGAACAUUUGUGAACAACUCAGUAUCUUUGACAUAUCAGAUUCCAUUAUGUUUGUUCAUUUAUCUAUCAUUGUAAUUAUGUAAAUAAGAUGUGUAUAUAAAAUGUUACAAAGAUUACAUAUAUAUUUAUAUACAUAUAUAAAUAUAUACCUAUAUGUGUAUUGCAAUAAAAUACUCUACCUAUUGAA